CAGCAGACGCCGCGGGGAGAGGCCAGAGUCCAGCGGGCGCUGGGAGGAGCCUCGCCCGGAAGGCGAAGAUAAAACCGCGGAGAGGGGGUGGAGGGAGGAGAGGUCCCAGCGGCGCCACCAUGGGCAGGAAGGUCGUGAUCUUCGGCUCCACCGGGAUGACGGGGCUCGCCACCCUGUCGCAGGCCGUCGCUGCAGGUCACGAGGUGACAGUUCUGGUCCGUGACCCUGCCAAACUGCCGGCAGAACACAAGGGGAUAAAUGUCAUCGUUGGCGAUGUCCUGAAUAAGGAAGAUGUCCAGAAGGCCGUCAAAGGACAAGAUGGGGUCAUCGUCGUUCUGGGAACCAGGAAUGAUCUGAGCCCCACGACGAUGAUGUCCGAGGGAACCAGAAACAUUAUUGAAGCAAUGAAGGCCCACAAUGUGAGGAAGGUUGUGGGCUGCAUGUCAACAUUCCUGUUAUGGGAUGAAGCCAAGAUUCCGCCACGCCUCCUGGAGGUGACCAAAGACCACCAGAGGAUGUAUGAAGUGCUGAAGGACUCUGGGCUUGACUACGUGGCUGUGUUUCCACCUCACAUUGAUGACAAUCUCCCUCUGACAGGGAAUUACGCAGUGUCAGUCGGUCAAAGGGGAGGCCGAGUCAUCUCCAAACAUGACUUGGGACACUUCUUCGUCAGGUGUCUUACAACCUCUGAGUACGACGGGAAGUUCGUCUGUGUUUCAGGCACUUACCAGUCCUAGUGACGCCAACAAACAGGGAAUGGGUGGUGCUCUGCCGUGUUAGCAUGUCUCAACAGAAUGAUAAAUAAAACAUCUAAAUCCAC